UGUGAUUUCUUUAAAUUGACCAUAAGUGACCUCUGGUUGCCCUUUAUCCUUGCGUGUUUAUAUGCUUACCCACGUCGGCUGAGGCUUAUUUUCGGGUGGUAGGCCUAGUGUCAAAAGAUAAUGAACCUUUAUACUAGGUGGUGCAAAGGGGUUCUGGAGACGUGACAUCAGGGCCUACUCGACGGUCGCUCGGAAAAGGCUUGGGCCUGUCUAGCAGACAGCAUUUUGUGCACAAUAUUAUGUUGUCGUUUUGACUCGCCGACCCGAAAGCCACCAAAACAUAACAUUCUUCCAAGAUGGAGUACAGUUUAUGGAAUAUGCAUGGGCCAACACUCUGGCCAUCCUCCAGCUCAGUCAGCCGCACACUUUACACCACCGUUCAUGGAGAAACAAUAGAGGAGAUUCAAGGAGACCUGCCAAUUGUGACUUCAGAAGAAAUACAAGCUAGCGAUUUGCAAGUUGGCAUUGGCUCUGAAAUUAUUACAGGAGAUAUUCAUAGUGAUUUAACCACUGAUGUGCAAGAAGUCGUUGCCAAUAGCAUUCACCUCCAUGAUGGAGUUUCAGGAACUCUUGGCAUACAAGAUGACAUUACCACAGGCAUUCAAGUCUGUGGCAAUCAGCCAGGAUUUGUGGCUAUGAAACCAGAACCAGAGACAGAUGAGCAGGUUAGUUUGUUGGUGAGCCAUCCAUCUCUUGGCUUGGAUCCUACUUUGGGGUCGGAACCAACUAGUAUUGUUCUCAAAGUCGAAACAACUCCUCAAAAAAGGAUUAAAAUUCAGCGGCCUCGAAGGGCCUUGGCUAUUUCAGCAAGAGAUCUUCAUGAUCCUGUUGAUAUUAAUUUGUCUGGCACCAUUCUUCCACCAGUGGAUAAUUUGUGGAACAACAGCAUUGUUGGUGCAAAUGUGAGUGUGAAGACAGAAAGUGAUAUCUCAUACAUAGAUGAUACCGAUAAAGUUCUUACAACUGUGGGAGCUCCAUCUUUGUAUGAGCCAAUGGUUGGACGGUUGCCUGUAAAGCAACUUGAGCCCCUGUCUGAUGAAUCUGAAGAAGAGGACGAAGAAAGUAUGAACCAGGGCGAAGACACACUUCAUUCCUCCUACAAUCAACAAAAUCUUUUGCCAAGAAUGAGCUUGAAUACUGCCGGAAAGGUGGGAUAUGAAUGUGGUGAAUGCGGGUUUAUGGCAGACACCAGGCCUGGCCUCAAAAGGCACAUUACUGUGAUGCAUCCUGCUCCUGCACCGGAUGCCAACUUAGCUCAUGCAUUGAUGCGUAAACUCUCACAGUCUGCCAGUUGUCCUGUUACAUCUUGUCGAUAUCGCGCUGGUGAUCGUGAUGAGAUGGAGGCUCAUGUAGCUAGGCAUGUGGCAGAAGGAAGUGGAACAGCAACUCCUAAAAAGAAAUCAGUUCCUUCAAACCUUCAGAGAGUGAGGUAUGAGCGGGAAGAAUACCGCUGUCAAAUGUGUUCCUAUGCUUGUACCAUUGAGAAAGCAUUCUAUAAACAUUUGAAGAUUCACUCAACUGGCACCUCUCCUUUGCCACCUGCGGGAUCAAAAUUAUCUUGUGUUAUUUGUGGUAAAGAUCGACCCUCAGAAGCAGAUAUGAACAAACACAUGCGAAAGCAUAGAGAUGAUAGAUACUUCUGCUGUGACAUUUGUGUUUUUCGUACUGUUCAGCUCAAAAAGCUUAUUCAGCACCGGCGAAUGCACACAGGGGAAAAGCCCCACCUUUGCCCUCACUGUCCAUAUCGAUCAGCUCGGAGAGAUAAUUUGAGGUCUCAUGUACGGCGUGUCCACAAGAAAGAGAAUUUGUUUUGUGACACAUUUUCGCCUAGAGGCCUUGUGCCUGGUGCAUCAGCUACCAGUCCAACCUCCAGUCAAGAUUAAAUUUGUGUAUUUUGCUAAGCAUAUGUUAGUCUCCCAACUGUUUGUCUAGUGCAUUGUGCAGUUUAUUUUGCUAACUAGAUACCUAGAGUUUUAUUUUCAGAACCUCUUUAUUAACAUGACUCAGCAACUAUUAAUUAAUGCUUUUGCAAAUUGGUGUGGAAGAAGAUAUUGUGGCCUUGGAAUCCUUAUUAUUGCUGUCAGACCAUUUUGAAAAGUGACAAUCCAAUAGGAAUUGUGCAAUUGUUCACUCCUGUUCGUUGUUUUUGAACUGUAUUUAUUUUGUUUACAAGUUCUGUUGUAAUGUUUAGAUUGGUAUAAAAUCCAAGAUGUUUAUUAUUAUUAUUUUUUUUUUUUUGUUAUCAAUUUGAAAAGUUACUCUUGUUGUUGAAAUUCAAUUUUCGUUAUUGAUGUUUAAUUAAUUCUUGAUAUGUAUAUCUCUGUUAAAAUUCAAAUUUUGCAAUACCUCAAAGUUAUCCAGAUUGAAUGAACUUUGUGAAAUGUAACUCAAAAUGUGUUGUUGUGAACAGAAGCAUGAGAGGUGCUCAGUGGUGUGUUAAAUCUGGAGGGAAAGAGUGAACCAGCGUAUGUGCUCUUUCAUUUUUUGUGUGUUUGGUGUUAUUUCAAAUAAGUAGAAACAAGCUGUACCUUUGUAGUGGAAUGAAGCAUUCGGGUCCCCUGAUUAACUUAUAGAAAUUUAGUGUAAGUAAGGGGUGUGUUCUUCAAGUAAGUUAGGCCCCUUGAGCAAGACAAGUUCUAUAAAUAUUAGAGUAUUAUAUUGCAUGAGUAUUGUCCGGGACUAACCAUUUAAUUAUGGCAUAGUUGUCUUAUGUUUCAUGAGAUGAAAAAACUUGUGACUAAUUGCUUUCUGUUGCCAUUGUACUGUAUGUGUACCUGAAGUAGCUUUUAGUGCCAACCUCCCCCUUAAUUUUCAGAGUAGUCAAGUGGGGUCUUUUUAUUGUAUCUUCUUACAGGUCUGUGAUCUGGCAAUGCAGUCUCUUUCUACAGGUCAUUCAUUUGGCAUUUACUAGCUUUCCUUUUCUUCUUAGACAGUGCUCACCUCACAGUUAGUUGAAAUUUAUCCUUUCUCUGCUUGAAGUAGUUGUAUAAGCGUGGUAGAGAUCUUCUUGUUCAGGCUAAUCAUACAAACUUUACUAAGUGUGUGUUUUUAUAAUCUUGCAAUCCCUUUGCAGACCCACUUCUUAGAUUCUUGAAAUAUCUUCAAAUUUUAUUACAAGUGUGUCAGUUUGCCUGUCUAAAAGAUAGGCUGUUAAUAAUUAAAUUUUCCCCCUUGAAUCCCAAGUAUUUCGAAUUUGGUUUUCAAUUUUAAUUGAGAGAAGUCAUAAGCGAAGGGAAGGUUGCACAGACACAUGCUGGUUACUACUUAAUUCCGUCAGUUAUUGUUUUAUUCCCUGCAUUUACCGUCAUAUCAAAAAUAAAUCUGGAAGAGAAUGCUGCUUUUAUCAGGGUUGGUCACGGAUACCCUAAAUCAAUAAUUUUGGAGGAGAAACGGAAAAAAUAUUAUUUUUGUGAAUGAGUAGGCACUAAGGUGUCCCUGCGAUGAAUACAUUGUUGGUUACAUAUCAGGCAAACAUGAGAAUUAUUUCUUCACAUGAGUAAUGUUUCUGCCUAUUGUUAAAGAGGGUAUUUUUGUACUGUUUGAUUUAGUUCAAACGUGGGUAUGUGAGAAGGUUGGAAAGUUUUAUUUUCAGACAUUAUUACUCCAAUACAUAGAAAUAUUUGUUUAUUGUGGAUUAUUAAUAUUAGGCAGGAAGUGUCUGUACCCCAUGUCAUUAUUUUUUUUAAAUUAAAAUUUUGAGUGAACCCAAGAGUUAUGACAACCUGCUUGAUUGAUUCAUAAGUCAUAAGGUCCUUUGACCAUUACAAUACAUUUGAUUGAUAUGUGAUAUGAUAUGUAUGUUUAUACUUUAUUUUUUGAAAGUGCGAUUGAGUAGAUUUAUUCUUGAGGAAUUACUGAGGAUGUAAUGAUCUGGGCUGCACGCGUUGGGUUUGAUAUCAAAUUCUCAAAUUCUUGUGCCAGUUUCUUGUGCAUAAUCUCGCGUAUAUGAUUGUAAUGAAGGAGCAGGAAGGUCAAACCAUUGUUGCUUUUCUCAAUCAUUCAUUAUGCGAAGCUUUGUGGACUCUCCAAACUAUAUUAUACCAAAGCUAAGCAAGGGUAGACAUUGUUAUUAUCUACAUUUUAUUUUGUUAUUGCAUGCAUUGUGAUAAAUGAUGUUACAUGUAUGAUCGAGUGAGACUGCUGGAGAAGGGUUUGUAUCCUAUGAGUUGAGUGAGAUGGCACUAACCAGUUUGAGAUUGCUCAUGUAGGCCUUGAACCACACAGUAGGGCAGUAGGAAACAAUGAGUUUUGUAAGGAAGGGGUUGCUUUGUGUAAAUAUUCUAUAAGCAGAGGCAAAAGUUUCCAUUGGUCCUGUGUCUUUUAUGUGGCUGUGAGGAAACAGGAAAAUUCUCAUUUUUAUUAAGGGUUACUUUUAAUGUUUUGUGCAGGUGAUUUUAAUUUUCACUAUUAAUAAUGUUUGAUGUUUGGAAGAAACUAUGGUGUUUUGGGAUUUCAUAAUACCUCUUUGUCUUUGUGUAUCAUAAGUUGAUGUGUGCAUUACCCAAUCUUCCCCAUAAUUUCCUUUCACUCUCCUCUCAGUUUAGCAAAAUCAUUGUAUCAAAAAUUGUGCCAUAUUCCUUUUCUAUCCACAAGCAUAAUUUAUAUAAGGGUGCUAUCGCCAUAGAAGACAACCAGAUGAAUGUUUUAAGCAUGAUCUGUGUUAGAUUCUGAAUACAUGUGAUUUUGAUGUGAUUGUAUGAUAGUUUUGUGAGGGGUGCGCUGGUUGUUUAUGGUUGGAAGUUUUUUUUUCUUAUCACGAUCUGUCAUACCUGUGAGUGGACAGGGCAGGAUUAACUCCAUAGUUGACAAUGCAACAUUCGUGGCACAGCUUUCAAUAGAUUUUUAUUAAAAUGUUGGUCAAAUGCU